GCAGCGUACUGAUCAUGUGCUUCUGCUCGUCACCAAGCCCAGAACCAGGAAAUGCCGUCUCUUCUACUUUCACAUUUAUUUCCGAAUUAUUCCCUACUGUACAAACAUGACUGAGGGGAUCGGCGGCCACCCCGCGAAGGAGCUUCUCUAUCGGCACUGAAUUUCCGAGAAUUGGAUAAGAGCCCGGGAAAAUGGGGCCCCUUGGAAACGACUCUCUUCCCCCUACUCUGAGUCCUGCGGUCCCCCCUUAUGUGACUCUGGGCUUGACCACCGUCUACACCGUCUUCUACCUGCUGCUCUUCGUCUUCGUCUAUGUGCAGCUAUGGCUGGUCCUGCAUUACAAGCACAAGAGGUUCAGCUACCAGACCGUCUUCCUGUUCCUCUGCCUGCUCUGGGCUUCUCUCAGGGCUGUGCUCUUCUCCUUCUACUUCAGGAACUUUGUGGAGGCCAACACACUGGGAGCCUUCUCCUUCUGGCUGCUCUACUGCUUCCCAGUCUGCCUUCAGUUCUUCACCCUGACACUCAUGAACCUCUACUUUGCCAGGGUUAUUUUUAAAGCCAAAUCCAAAUAUUCUCCGGAGCUACUGAAGUACAGGUGGCCCUUGAAUUUAACUUUUCUAAUUAUCAGCUUGGUGUUCUUGGUUGUGAACCUUACCUGCGCUAUACUUGUAAAGAAGGCGGACGCUAACACCGAGGUCAUCGUUUCGAUCAGAGUUGCAAUUAAUGACACCCUAUUUGUGCUAUGUGCAAUAUCUCUUUCAAUAUGUCUUUACAAGAUAUCGAAAAUGUCACUGGCAGGCGUUUACUUAGAAUCCAAGGGAUCAUCUGUGUGUCAAGUCACAUUUAUUGGAGUUACAGUGAUCCUACUGUACACAUCAAGAGCCUGCUACAACUUUGUUGUCCUCUCCUUGUCAGAAGAUUCUCGGUACAGCUCAUUUGAUUAUGACUGGUACAAUGUUUCUGACCAGGCUGAUUUAAAAUGCAAGCUCGGUGACACCGGCUACAUCGUCUUUGGAAUCAUUCUCUUUGUGUGGGAGCUAUUGCCAACAAGUUUGGUGGUCUAUUUCUUCCGAGUUCGAAACUCUGCACAGGACAUGACAAACUCUGGAAUGGUUCCUGGCCACAGUUUUAGCCACAGAUCCUAUUUUUUUGACAAUCCUCGGCGGUAUGAUAGCGAUGAUGACCUAGCCUGGAACAUCGCACCACAAAACGUACAGGGCAGCUUUGGACCAGAUUAUUAUGACUGGGGAAGUCGAAAUAGCUUUGGUUCAAACACAGGGUCGUUUCAGCGAGACUCCACAGUGGUUACGGAAGCAUAUAACCAGACCUAGAUGGCUAGAUAUUUCCUUUAUUUGCUUUUUUUGAUAGAUGUCUCUAAGGCAGCAAGUACGCAAGUAAAAGACUCUGCGUUCUGGAUAAACAAGUUAUGCUAUGACCUGUGCCAUUGAGGCUAAUAGGAAUAUUGUUGGGACCAUUCAGCUUGCACUAAUCGUACACCAAUAUUAAGAGUUGUUAGUUCUCAUCUUUAGUUCUGCAUGGACUUACGGAAUUCCGCUUGAGGUCAAUGAAAAAUAGCAUAAUAGCGUUUUUUAAUAUAAACUCUCUGAAGUGUUACUAAUACAUUCAUUUACAGGAAUGAAUUACGUAAAUGAAGAGCUAAAACAAAAACUUUGCACUGUUGUAUAAAAAUGAGUAUAUUUGCCAGCAUAGAUGUACUAGUACAUUUAAAAAAAUGUUUUUGCACCUGAUGAAAGUACACUAUUGUAUUUGAUUUCAUUUUAAUUGAACUGACUUUGGUUAGGCUGAACGGAAUUCAUGUUCAACAAUAAAGUCAUGUUUUUAUGGAAAA